AUGACCUACCACACGGUUGCUGUGGUCAGUGUAGAUGUUGCCUUCAAAGUGUUGUAUCAGAGUGUAACAACUGGACAAUCUGAUCCUGAGACAACUGAACCAUCUGAUCCUGAGACAACUGAACAAUCUGAUCCAGUGACAACUGAACCAUCUGAUCCUGAGACAGCUGAACCAUCUGUUUCAGUGACAACAGAACCAUCUGAUCCUGUGACAACUGAACCAUCUGAUCCUGAGGCAACUGAACCACCUGAUCCUAAGACGACUGAACCAUCUGAUCCUGAGACAAAUGAACCAUCUGAUCCAGUGACAACUGAACCAUCUGAUCCAGUGAAAACUGAACCAUCUGAUCCUUUGACAGAUGAACCAUCUGAUCCCUUGACAACUGAACCAUCUGAUCCAGUGUCAACUGAACCAUCAGAUCCUGUGACAGAUGAACCAUCUGAUCCUGUGACAUCUGAUUCAUCUGAUCCUGUGACAACUGAACGUUCUUAUCCUGAGCCCACUGAACCUUCUUAUCCUGAGAUCAAUGAGCUUGACUAG